UUCUUCUUUCGUUUCUUGUUAAAACACUUCCAUUUCUUGCAACAUUAUAUUAUUAGCAACCGUUUAAGAAAAAAAUGAAGGCAGGUGCUCUUGAACUUGGACAUGAUUCAAAGGCUACAAGUUCAGUUCCAAAAAGUGGGGUGAAUAGAGGAAUGUCUAUACUAGAAUUGUUUAUAAGGAUAAUUACCAUAAUUGCCACAUUAGGAAGUGCCAUUGCCAUGGGAACUACUAAUGAAACACUUCCUUUUUUCACUCAAUUUGUUCGUUUCAAGGCCAAGUACAACGAUCUUCCCACCUUCACGUUCUUUGUGGUGGCAAAUGCCAUAGUAAGUGCAUAUCUAGUACUUUCUUUGGGGUUGUCCAUCUACCACAUCAUGAGGAGCCGGGCACAAGCAAGCAGGGUAGCCUUAAUAUUCUUCGACGCGGCAAUGCUGGCGUUAUUGACAGCGGGAGCAUCGGCAUCAGCAGCAAUAGUAUACUUAGCACACAAGGGAAAUACAAAGACAAACUGGUUCCCAAUCUGCCAACAGUACGAUUCCUUCUGCCAUAGAACAUCAGGAUCAGUAGUUGGUUCCUUUGCAGGAGUCGUACUCUUCAUACUCUUGGUCUUGCUCUCUGCUGUCGCCCUUUCUCGUCGUUAUUGAUUCAUCAAUUUGUGCUCGUUAAUUUCUCAAGAUUUGAGUGUGUCUUUCACGUUUAACAUGGUUUUUAAUUUCUUGUAUCAUGCUCUUUCAGCUUUCUCUCUUUUCGUUUUUAA